AUGGUAACUAAUUCAAAUAACUUUAAAAUGGCCGGUGAACGUUCUACUAGUGAACAGCGUGAACCAAGUAUUUUGGCUAAGCCUAUUCGACCUUCACCAUUUUCUGGAUCUUAUCGAGCUGCAUCAGCUGAGAACAAACAUGUCCAUGCACCAUGGGCAUUUAAUCAUAGUCCACAAGUUUUAGAUAAUUUAUCAAAAAACUAUCGAAAUACGCAUCGAUCAAGUGUUGUCAGUUUAUCUUCUUCAUCGGCAUUAUCAAUUGAUGAACGAUUCAAUGGUGAGCUUAAUAACAUGAAAUCAUUUGAAAAAUUUGCACAUAUGGGUCAACCACAUGUGAUUGCUUUAUAUAAUUUUGUAACUGGAGUAGAUGGUGAUUUAGAAUUUGAAGUUGGUGAUAUUAUUAUGCUCGAGGAUAUUGUUGAUGAAUCAUGGUAUAAAGGCAGAUCUAUAAGAACCGGUGCUGUUGGGAUAUUUCCAAUGAAUCACGUUGAAGUACGGAUUCCAUUAACAUCUGGUUUGUUCACAAAUACUCAACCAAAAACGCAACUUGGAUAUUCGGAUCGAUCAAAAAAUCUUACAAAUACCACUAGGAUUUAUUCUCAUCCGUGUUUUAAAAAAAAACCUGUUCCGUUGCCAAAAGUUAAAAACCUGACCUCACCCUCGUCAGAUUCAACAGAAUCGUUAAAUUCACAAACCUUUAGUCAAUUUGUAAAACAUGGAAAUUCUCGCAACAAUCUAACAAGUACAGCAUCCAGAGUAUACUCUACUCCAUUGAGUACAGGUUUACCAGCCAGUAAUUUACUUCCUAAUCGUAAACAAAUUCACACAGGACCAAUCCUACAUUCCACUGCCAAGUCUUUAAACUUAUCACGUACACAAUCACAGCAUCCACUACCUCCGCCACCUCCACUACCGACAACAGCAACUGAUCAGCCAGAGGAGCCACAACGAGUGCUUAGAUCUGGCAAUGCACCACCUAUAAUUAAUUCAAUUAAGCCAAGAAAUCAAACUGCAAUAUCAAAAAUAGCUCAGAUGCUACAAGAAAAAGGUAUUGUUUCUUAUCGUAGUCGACAAAUGCCAUCUGGGGCAAAACACUUGUAUCCAGGAUCACAUCCUUUGUUGGUUUCUUCAACUCCUACAUCAGUAGAUCGUUUAAAAUCAUUUGGAGAAGGAAAUAAUAUUCAUGUUAGUAAAAAUAAUGGUACUGAGAACAAUUUCAAUGAAAAUAAAAAUAACUAUAAUGUUAAUGAGAAGAACCAAGAUGAGAUAACCAAGGAAAAAAACCAAACAACAAAGAACGGUGGUCAUGUAGAAGAAGAAGAACAAACAUCCGUUAAAACUAAUCGAUAUCAUUCACCUCUGAUGGUUGAAACAGUAUUGAGCAAACUACUUCCAGAAUUGAACCAUUCAUCAAAUGGAUCUUCACAUUCAAACAGUUCGAAUAAAUUGGCAAACAGUAAACAUACGAUAAAUCCAAGACUGGAUAAUUCGAAAAGGUCAGAUGUAGACAGGAGGCAUUCUACAGAUAGUUCAUAUUCAACUGAGGAUAAGAGUGAUAUUACAAUUAAUACUACUAAUAACAAUUUAAGUAACACAUCAAAUCAUGUAAAACAUUUAAGUGAAUCAAACAUGCAUAACGGCAUUAAAAGUACUGAUGAACCUCAGUCAGCAGAAGUGAAAUCCACAACAAUUGUUAGAAGUGCUAAAUUGUUUCAUAAUAACAGCUUCUCUACAAGUAAAAAUAAUAAUGAUAACAACACUUUAUCAAAAAGAGCAUAUACCAUAACAAAACCUCCAGAAAAGUUAAUCACAUCGAAAGCUUAUAUAAAUUUAUCUUCAUCAGGAAAAUCACCAAACAUUAAUCAAGUUUCAACAGUAACAACAACAGCCAAAAAAGCAUCAAUAAAAGUAGUUCCUAAUCAGCAGUCUCCACAUCGUAAAUCAAAUCAUCAAUAUUCAUUGAUUGACCCUACUGCAGAGAGUAAUCAUUGUAGAUUGAUUGCACCAAAUGACUGGUUAAUAGUUGAACAUGAACAAUCGGGUAAUGAAUCAACUGGUGAACUUCAUUCAACUGUUGGUACUAUACUAAAAUGUAUUGAUUCGAAUCCGGAAGUUUGUGACAGACUUGAUAAUUCUCAUCUCCAGCAUUCAUUGUCCUCAUCAUCAAAUGAAAAAUGGAUAACAUGUGAAAACUGGUUCGGUAUUAGUGGUUUAAUAAAGACCCGCAAUGUUCGAGUUAUUGAUAACUCAAAUGAAUUGGCUAAAUAUUUCGAAACUAGACCACGUGGCAAAGCUUUAUAUACAUUUGAUAAAGAAACUGAUGAGGAUUUACCUUUAUCGCCUGGAGAAAUAGUGUAUCUAUUCGAGGCGAUUGAUGAAAACUGGUAUCGUGGCGAAUCGGCUAACACUGGCUGUCGUGGAAUGUUUCCAUCAACAUUUAUUGAAAUUAUUCAGCCUCUGUAA